ACGCUGGAACGGAUCGGGAAGCAAAACUUUUUCUUAAGUUUCAGGAGGUUAUCCGAGAAUCAGAGCAGCCGUGGCCGAGCUGCGGAGGAUAAUACGGGAUUGGGACCUAACGCAACACUUCCCGGCUGUCUUUAUGAAAAAGUCCCUAUCGAUUUUGGAGGCUUUAUUUUUAUGUGAACUUUAUAAAGGAUGUAUUUCUACUAAAAGCCCAACUUGAAACGUUGGAAGUUUUUCACCAAAAUGGAAGCCAAUAUUCAAUGGAUUAUUUUGUCAUUUUUAUUGUUUAUGCACAUUUGUGAGGGGUCCCGCUGCGGGGAUAAAUACAGAUCUUGUGAAAAUGGAGGGACAUGCUUAGAUUCACCUUCUCGGUGCAUAUGUCGUCUGGGAUUCAUUGGUCCUCUCUGUCAACACCUGGAUCCCUGUCAUCGAUCGCCAUGUCUGAACGGAGCAGCUUGCAAGAGCCAGGUGGUCAACGGUAUCCCGCAAUUCACCUGUGUGUGCCAGAGAGGUUUCAGAGGCCAAGACUGCUCCCUCAUUGAUGCCUGCGCCACAAGCCCCUGUGCCAACGGGGCCCGUUGUGCAAAUUGGAAUAACCACUACAACUGUUCCUGCCCACCUGGCUUCCAGGGAAAGAACUGCCGCAACGACAUUGAUGAGUGUCGCAAGCCCGGCGCGUGCCUGAAUGCCGGCCUCUGCAUUAACACCCACGGGUCCUUCCGCUGUCAGUGCCAACCUGGUUACAGUGGACGCACAUGUGAAGUGUCCACCCUUCCCUGUGCCCCGUCUCAGUGCCUUAACGGGGGCACCUGUCGUCAGACCAGCGACCAUUCUUACGAAUGUGCUUGCCUGCCAGGGUUUGAGGGGCACAACUGUGAGAAUAAUGUCGAUGACUGUCCAGGUCACAAGUGCAUGAAUGGGGGAAUAUGUGUGGAUGGAGUCAACACCUACAAUUGCCAGUGCCCACCAGAAUGGACAGGACAAUACUGUGCUGAGGAUGUCAACGAGUGUCUUAUGCAACCCAAUGCCUGCCACAAUGGGGGCACGUGCUUCAACACCAUCGGGGGUCAUACCUGUGUCUGUGUCAACGGUUGGACCGGAGAUGACUGCAGCGAGAACAUCGAUGACUGUGCCAUAGCCGUCUGCUUCAACGGUGCCACCUGCCAUGACCGCGUGGCAUCCUUCUUUUGCGAGUGCCCGGUUGGAAAGACAGGUUUGCUGUGCCACCUCGAUGAUGCUUGUGUGAGUAACCCUUGCAACGAGGGGGCAGUGUGCGACACCAACCCCCUUAAUGGCCGCGCCAUUUGCACAUGUCCCGCCGGCUUUGUGGGAGGUGCCUGCAACCAGGAUAUGGAUGAGUGUUCCAUUGGUGCCAACCCAUGUGAGCAUUUUGGCAAAUGCGUGAACACAGAGGGCUCCUUCCAGUGUCAGUGCGGCCGGGGAUAUGCAGGCCCGCGAUGCGAGAUUGACAUCAACGAAUGCCUGUCCAUGCCCUGCCAGAACGAUGCCACUUGCCUGGACCGCAUUGGAGAGUUCACCUGCAUCUGUAUGCCAGGUUACUCGGGGACUUACUGCGAGGUUGAUAUCGACGACUGUGAGAGUAACCCGUGUGUGAACGAUGGCAUCUGCCGGGACAUGGUCAACGGCUUCACAUGUACCUGCCAAGCAGGGUUUACUGCCACCAUGUGUCAGAUCGACAUAGAUGAAUGCGCCAGCACGCCCUGCCAGAAUGGAGCGAAAUGCUACGACCGGCCCAACGGCUUUGAGUGCCGCUGUGCUGAAGGUUAUGAAGGGACACUCUGUGAAAGUAAUAUCAACAACUGUCAGCCCGACCCAUGCCACCAUGGUACUUGCAUUGACGGCAUCGCCAGCUACACCUGUAACUGUGACGCUGGCUACACGGGCUAUCGCUGUGAGAACCAGCUCAACGAGUGCCACAGCAACCCUUGUCAGAACGGGGGCAAGUGUGUGGACCUGGUCAACAAGUACAUCUGCCAGUGCCAACAUGGAACCUCUGGCACGAAUUGUGAAAACAACUUUGAUGAUUGUGCCAGUAACCCAUGUGACUAUGGCAUCUGCAAAGAUGGCAUAAACCGCUACGACUGCGUUUGCAAACCUGGCUUCACCGGCUCCAAGUGUAAUGUGGAAAUAGACGAGUGUGCAUCUGGCCCCUGUAGAAAUGGUGGGACGUGUGUGGAUGAAGAGAAUGGAUUUCACUGCCAGUGUCCAGAAGGCUUUAAGCCCCCUUACUGUUACUCCCAGGUGGACGAAUGUGGCAGCAGCCCAUGUGUCCAUGGCUCAUGCAGGGAUGACAUCAACGGUUAUCGCUGUGACUGUGAGCCCGGAUGGGUGGGGAAGAACUGUGACCUGGACAGGAACGAUUGUUUGCCGAGUCCCUGCCAGAAUGCUGGCACGUGCAUUGACCAGCUCAAUGGCUUCACCUGCAAGUGCCGCCAAGGCUUUAGAGGUAACCUCUGCCAGGUGAACAUCAACGAAUGUGCAUCAAGUCCCUGCCUGAACAAGGGCAGCUGUGUGGAUGGUGUGGCCAGUUUCACCUGUCUUUGUGAGCUUCCAUACAGCGGACCCACUUGUGCGGAGGUCCUCACCCCUUGUUCCCCCAACCCAUGUGCCAAUCAUGCUCUCUGCACACACACACCAGACUACUUGGGCUAUCAAUGUAACUGCCAGUCGGGUUGGCAAGGUCAGUUGUGCAAUGUUGAUGUAAAUGAAUGCAUCUCAAACCCUUGCAAGAACCUUGGGACCUGCACCAACAAACUUGGAGGGUUUGUGUGCUCCUGCAGAGCUGGAUUUACUGGGCUGAUGUGUGAAACAGACGUCAAUGACUGUUCACCUAAUCCAUGUCUUAGUGGAGGGUCCUGCAGAGAUGGUGUGAACUCCUUCUACUGUAGCUGUCUGGCAGGAUUCACUGGGCCCCGCUGUGCUUUAGAAAUCAACGAAUGCCAGAACUCCCCCUGCAAAAAUGGAGCCACAUGCACAGACUUUGUUAACUCCUACACCUGCACCUGUAGGCCUGGCUUUACAGGAAUGCACUGUGAAACCAACAUCCCUGAUUGCACUGAAAGCUCUUGCUUCAACGGAGGGACGUGCACGGAUAAAAUCAAUGGCUAUUCUUGUACCUGCCGCUCAGGCUUCACUGGCUCCCACUGCCAAUACGAGGUCAAUGAGUGUGACUCCCAGCCCUGCCUCAACGGAGGCAUCUGUCAAGACGCCCUGGAGUCCUUCCGUUGCUCUUGCCCUAAGGGUUACACUGGUACCCGCUGCCAGACACCAGUCGACUGGUGCAGACGCUCAUCUUCCUGCCAAAAUGGAGGACGCUGUCGCCAAAAGGAUGCCUCCUUCAUCUGUGACUGUAAUAACGGCUGGUCUGGACGUUACUGUGACAUCUCCAGGGUCUCUUGUGAGAUAGCUGCUCGCCAUAGAGGGCUCCAGACAGAUGAGCUAUGCCACCAUGGGGGUCACUGUGUCAACACCGGGAAUGCCCACUAUUGUAAAUGUCCUGCUGACUACACCGGAAGCUAUUGUGAAAGCCAAGUGGAUCACUGUGAAGACAAACCCUGUCGCAAUGGCGCCACCUGCAGGGGAUAUGUGGGAGGGUAUCAGUGUGACUGUAUGCCAGGCUUUACUGGACAGAACUGUGAGAUGGAGAUCAAUGAGUGCGAGUCUCAUCCUUGCCAAAACGGAGGCACUUGCAUUGAUCUGGUGGGACAUUACAUCUGCUCCUGCCCCCCUGGCACACUGGGUGUUCUAUGCGAGAUCAAUGAAGAUGACUGUGCCCCACCUCUGAGAGUGCGCAGUGCCCCCCCUAAGUGCCUGAACAAUGGCACCUGUGUGGACAGAGUGGGUGGAUAUCGCUGCAAUUGUCCCCCUGGAUUCACAGGAGAAAGAUGUGAGGGAGACAUAAAUGAGUGUCUCUCUAACCCCUGCAGUCCCUCCAACAGUCUUGACUGCAUCCAGUUGCCCAAUGACUACCAAUGUGUUUGCAAGCCUGGAUUCACAGGCCGGAAGUGUCAGAGCAGGUUUAGUGUGUGUGAGUCUCAGCCUUGUCAGAGCGGUGGAGUGUGUUCGGUUGCCAGCAGCUCUGCCAUGGGAUACACUUGCACAUGUCAGCUUGGUUAUGCUGGGCCCAAUUGUGAAAGAAGCAUGUCCUGCCGGGAGCUACCCUGCUAUAAUGGAGGUAGCUGUGCACACACCCCGAGGGGGGCGCGUUGCACCUGCCUGCAGGGCUACGGCGGGCCCCAGUGUCAGCAUCGCAGCAAUGAAGGCUGCUCUUCCCAGCCCUGCCGCAACGGAGGGUUGUGCACUGAAGAGACCAGCUUCCCUUUCUUCCACUGCCAGUGUCCCAGUGGCUGGACAGGAAAGCGGUGCGAGCAGAGCAGUAGAUCCAUUGAGGAUCACAUACCGUCCUGCCCUCUUGCUGACUGCCAUAGCAAAGCCAACGAUGGUGUUUGCGACAAGGAAUGCAACACGUUCCUUUGUCGCUGGGACGGCGGUGACUGCUCUCUAGCAGUGAAUCCCUGGGCUCGUUGUGCAGACUGUUGGCAGGUCUUCAACAACAGCCAGUGCGACGAGUCCUGCAACAACGUCGACUGUCUUUAUGACAAUUUUGACUGCAAAAAGAAGGAGAAGGUUUGCAAUCCAAUAUAUGAAGCCUACUGUAUAGACCACUACGCCGAUGGGAAGUGUGACCAGGGCUGCAACACAGAGGAAUGUGGCUGGGAUGGCUUGGACUGCGCUGCAAAGGUUCCUGAAGAACUUGCUGAUGGUGUCUUGGUUUUGGUAGUCCUACUGCCUCCAGAGGAGCUUCUUCGCACAAGCACAGCCUUUCUGCAGAAAUUAAGUGCAAUCCUGCACACAACACUGCGCUUCCGCCUGGACCACAACGGAGAAGCCAUGAUACGCCCUUACACGCGCAAAGAGGCGCGUCUCAAGCGGGAGUUGCAGCCUCACCAGGAAGUCAUUGGCUCAAUAGUUUACCUGGAAAUAGACAACCGUCUGUGCUCUCAGGGCUUGGAGGGCUGUUUCCCCUCAGCGUUCAGCGCUGCAGACUACUUGGGUGCUCUGUCAGCUGUAGAAAUGCUGCGCUUUCCUUACCCCCUCAAAGAAGCUCGUGGGGAAAAGAUUAUUGAUCCUGACCCCAUACCUCAAUGGGGCAAGCUGAUGCUGGUGGGGAUAGCUUCUCUCUUCCUUUUGGUUAUCCUUGUGAUAGGCAUGUUGAUUGCUCGUAGAAAGAGAGAACACAGUACCCUUUGGUUCCCUGAGGGCUUCUUCCCAAAGAAGGAACCCAGCAGCAACAAGAACCGCAGGGAACCCGUGGGCCAGGAUGCUCUGGGAAUGAAACACAUGCCAAAAACAGUGGAGGAAUCUCUCCUUGGAGAUCACAGUGAACAGUGGAUGGACUCAGACUGCCCGGAGCCAAAAAGGCUUAAGGUUGAGGAACCGAGUUUGCUCUCAGACUGCGAAGAUGCAGUGGACAGCAGGCAGUGGACUCAGCAUCACCUCGCAGCCGCAGACAUCCGCGUGCCGCCCACCAUGGCCCUCACCCCACCCCAAGGAGAAUUUGAAAGCGACUGCAUGGAUGUUAAUGUCCGAGGCCCAGAUGGUUUUACACCACUGAUGCUGGCUUCAUUCUGCGGAGGAGGCCUGGAGCCCGAGAUAGCAGAGGAGGAGGAGAGCGAGGAGUGUUCGGCCAACAUCAUCUCCGACCUAAUCUACCAGGGAGCCUCCCUUGCUGCCCAAACAGACCGCACCGGUGAGACAGCGCUCCACCUGGCUGCUCGCUACGCCCGCGCCGAUGCUGCUAAGAGGCUGCUGGAUGCCGGGGCGGAUGCCAACGCUCAAGAUAACACGGGACGUACACCGCUACAUGCUGCGGUGGCUGCAGAUGCACAGGGUGUCUUCCAGAUUCUGAUCCGAAAUCGGGCUACGGAUCUUGAUUCCCGUAUGUAUGAUGGCUCUACUGCACUGAUCCUGGCAGCACGGCUGGCGGUAGAGGGCAUGGUAGAGGAGCUCAUUACUUGUCACGCUGAUGUCAAUGCAGUAGAUGAAUUGGGUAAAUCCUCCUUGCAUUGGGCUGCUGCCGUGAACAAUGUGGAGGCCACCGUUGCCCUACUGAAGAAUAGCGCAAACAAAGACAUGCAAGAUCUGAAGGAAGAGACACCUCUGUUCCUUGCAGCCCGUGAGGGCAGCUGUGAGGCUGUGAAGGUGCUGCUGGCUCACUUUGCAAACAGAGAGAUCACAGACCAUAUGGACAGAUUGCCAAGGGACAUUGCUCAGGAGCGUAUGCACCAUGACAUCGUGCAGCUUCUUGAUGAGUACAACACAGUAAGGAGUCCCCAGGGCCAUGGAGGGGCUGGACACCACCUGCCUGGAGUACACACUCUGUCUCCGCUCAUGUGCCCUCCCAGCGCCUUCCUACCUAGUCUGAAAAACACCCCACAGGGCAAGAAGAACCGUCGGCCUGGGGCCAAGGGUUCAAGCCUGGCAGGCCAACAUGCUAACAGUCUGAAGGAGUCAGUCAAGGCCCGUAAUAAGAAGCUGACCUUGGACAUGCAGAGCGCCUUACUGGAGAGCUCAGUUACCUUGUCUCCGGUCGACUCACUGGACUCACCCCACGGGGGAGCUAGCAACGCUGGCUACAUAACCAACCCCACUUCUCCUGUGGCCAUGCAGUCACCAGGGCUCUUCCACUCCUCCAUGUCUGUACCAAACACCCCGAUGGUACACAGCAGCAUGUUGGAGGGAGGUGGCCCCUUUGCUGUGUCUCUAGCACAACUCAACGACCUGGGAGCAAUGUCCCUGCAGGGACGCGUCUCCAUGGCUUCAGAUGUCAACCACGGCUAUGUGCUGAGUUCGGGCCAAAUGGGGCUGAACAUGGGCUUGGUCAGUCCUGUGAGCGUACCCUUUGACUGGCACAGCAGGAUGCCCUCCUCCCAGUGUGGUCAGCAGGUGGUCAGUCUUGUGCAGAGUGGCCAGGCAGGCAUGCACCCACAGAGCCCAGCCAUGCAGCAGCAGAACAUGCUGAUGCACCAGCAGCUCUACCGUAAUGCCAUGCUGCAGCCUACACCUGUUACCUCCACACCUACAAUCAGCCCGGUCAAGCUGCCCUCCAUUGCUGAGCAACAGCAGCAGCAGCAGCAGCAGCAGCAGCAACAGCAGCAGCAGCAACAGCAGCAUCUCAUGAACCACACCAUCAACAACCAACAGAGCAUGGCCCGCAUGGGCACCUCCACCCCACCAACACCCCAGACCUCCCAGCAGCCACCAUCCUUCUUCCAGCAGCAGCAGCAGCAGCAGAUGCCCCAACAACCUCCUCAGCCCCAGCCUCCCGCUCAGCCCCCACAGUCAGCCACGCCAGCAACCCAGCCCACUCAGGCCGUGCCCUCCCAGCCCAGUGGCAGCAAUGCUGGAACGGAGGAUUACCCGACGCCUCCCUCUCAACAUAGCUACUCAUCUGCACUGGAUGCCACGCCCAAGCAUUACCUCCAUUUGCCCAGUGAGCACCCUUACCUGACCCCCUCCCCAGAGUCCCCGGAGCCCUGGUCCAGCCCGUCUCCCCACUGUGUUUCUGAUUGGUCAGAUUCUACACCCAGCCCAGCAGUUGCUGGCCCUGCCCAGACCCAAAUUACUCAAAUCCCGGAGCCCAAUGGCAAGAUGCAGGUGUUUGCUUGAAGAUGUCAUUCUGCCUGCUGGAAAAAGGGACCUGGGGUAAAAUGCGUGGACUGGCUCGUAGGCCCGUCUGUUUAUGUGUGUCAGUCUGUUUCCAAGAUUUUCAUUGGAUUUGGAUUGACUUUGAUUAUCGGGACGACCGUCUGCUAGUGAUUCUGCAGAGAAAAAAAGUAAAGGGAAAUGUGUAUUGUCUGGAAAAACAGCAGACAAAUGAAUGAAGUAAUUCUGUCACAGAUGGACUUGUUUUUUAUUAUAAAAAAAAAAGUAUAUGAAGAAAACCAAGUCUUUCAUUUCAAAGACUUAGGGAUGCUCUCCUGGAUACUAACAAACAUUUAAAAAGUAGAUACGAGAAAAAAGUGUUGAAGGGAAUCCAUUUAUUUUUAUUUAUUAUUUUUAUCUCUCUGAAUUGCCUUUUUUUAGGUGUCAUCACCCUCUUUCUGUCCUAGCUUCUCACAUAUUGUGCCACUUCCUCCUAUUUUAUAUAUCGACUGCCAACAUUUCUAUUUAGCCAGUGUGGCAAGUGAUGGUAAAGGAAUUUAAUUCAGCAUUCGGACCAGUUAACAGACAGAAAGAGGAUUUUUCACCUCUUAACUGAUAUUUAUUUAGGGCAAUAACAACAACUGGUAAAGAUAAGACAACUGGUUCUAACAGAUAUAUAUUUUAAGAGUUGCUCAGCAGUAGUGGUAUGUUCGGAUUUGAUUGAAUUGUGGUUAUUGAUUAAUUUCCAUGAGUAUUAUGAAUAAGAAUGUAGAUGAGUGUCUCUGAAGCACUUCAAGUGACCAGCCUCAAAGGGCAAGUGUGGGUCAAAUACAACAUUUAUUGCAAUGGAUAUUUAUAAUAUAUGUGUGGCAUUAAAUUCAUGGUAAUUUUCCCUCUGAACUUUCAAAGUAAAUUGGCAGAAUAAAGGCAUAGGUGUAAUGCUCCAAUUUAUCCCUGACUACAGGAAUCUUACCUCCAGUUCUACUGUUAGCCCUGUGACAUGUAUAGUUUUGCCUUUGAAAUCAGCCUCUCACUGCCUUUUUUUUUUUUAGAUGAUGUUCUCUUUUUUCAAAUUGUUUGAUACUCUGUACAUUUGUGAAAACCAUGGAUACUGUUUUUGAAACGUCAAAUGUACUAAGCUAUGCUCACCGGCUGCUAUUUUAUGUCACUCUUCCUUGCAAACAUUCCUCCAUUUUUGCCUGUUUUGUUGAAUAUGGAAACAAUGCCUUUCAGCAGCAUCUAACACAGAGUACAACGGAAUGACAGACAGCCAGAAGUGGAAUUGGAAACGUUCCUUCACGAUGUUGUGGCGAUUGAGCUCUCGUUGGCUCUCUGACCGUGUCCUUGUUAGUGUCCGUGGUGGAGUGGUCAGUGUGAGGGUGUGGCUGCUGGGCUGUGACCGCUUAUGCCCUGUCACUCCUCAGGGAGGUGUUUUAUGGCAUGCAGUGGGACAGUUUCCCUGCAUCUACAGUGGCUCCCAGUCCAGGGGCAGCGGAGAUGCAUCUUAAGAGGAUUGUUAGAAGGGACUGAAAGGAAAGAACACUACUAUGUAGUGCUGCACCCUUGAACUUUUUACAAAAUUCUGAGAUAACUCUCCCAGUCGACCAGCCGAUACCUUGCGUGAUGUUUGACCGACUCUUUACCCCCACAUGACCCGUGUCGUGGAUAGAGGUCGUCCUCUCAUGGACAUUUGAGCAUGAAGUCCGUGGAUAAUAAUAGAAUUUUGAGAAAGUAACCGUUGCAUUUUCAUCUUGUGACAUCGUGAACAGAAAUUAGUAGGCCACCAUUCCUAGCUACUACUUUUUGUGGUGACCUAACACUGCCCCUAGUUGUGUCAUAGAGUUUCUUUCAUUCAGUGUUUUAUCCUGUUCACUAAAGACCCAGCUACUGUUUUCAUCAGACCUGGGAAACAUUUUGUUUUUUACAGUCCUCAUUUUACUUACAAAAACUGUGUUUGUUUGUUUUUUAUUUUUAUAUAUAACUGGUCUUUAAAUUUUCCAGCCAGGUCGCACUAAGUGUUUUGUACAUUUCAACCUCCCAAACUUCUGUUUGUAAAUAUGUUUGUACUGGGUAGAUCUUUGCUUGAGAAGUCUUAUGUUUCUGAAAUGAGUAUGUACUAAAAAGGACAAAAAUAAAUGUACUUCAUUUAGCAUUAUUUGAAGCUGAGGCUGUGACUGAUAUUUUAUUGGUCUUCUGUUAUUAGAACAGUCAUAGAUAUUUUCUAUAAUUAAUAAUUCCUAUACUUGUUUAAAAGUAGUUCAAUAUCACUGUACAUAAUCCUUUCCACGUUUUUUUCUUUCUACGGUCAGAAAUUGUAAAGUUACUUACAAUAAAAGUUGUAGGAAACUACA